CUGCACCCGGCCGAUCCCGGAAGUUCAUCGAAGGCUGCAGUUACGUCUUCGCUCUGGCCAUGGUUAGACUGACGCAUUUCAAAACGGACUUCACACAUUUUUCCUUGGAUUGCUUAAUUUGAAUUUUUGCUAGAUUUUUAUUUAACUUCAACGUCAACUUAUACUAACUGUCAAAAUGAAUGUGACAUUCGCUGUCAAGCAGUAUGUCUCCAAAAUGAUAGAGAACAGCGGGCCCGGAAUGAAGGUUUUGUUGAUGGAUAAAGAGACGACGAGCAUCGUAAGCGUGGUUUACACACAGUCGGAGAUCCUGCAGAAGGAGGUCUACCUCUUUGAGCGGCUUGACUCGCAGAACAGGGAAAAUAUGAAACACCUGAAGGCGAUCUGUUUUCUCCGUCCCACUAAGGAGAACGUCGAAAACUUGAUUCAGGAACUUCAUCGGCCGAAAUACAGUGUUUAUUUUAUCUAUUUCAGCAACGUCAUCAGUAAGAGUGAAAUAAAGGCGCUGGCGGAGGCCGACGAGCAGGAGGUGGUGGCGGAAGUACAGGAAUUUUAUGGAGACUUCAUCGCAGCGAAUCCUCACCUUUUCUCCCUCAACCUACUGGGUGUUGCCAGGGGUCGUAGCUGGGAACCCAGCCUGCUUCCACGCGCCACCCAAGGUCUGACGUCAGUGCUGCUGGCUCUCAAAAAGUGUCCCAUGAUCCGAUACCAGCUCUCCUCAGACAUGGCUAAGAGGCUGGCAGAGAGUGUUAAGCAAAUCAUCACUAAGGAGUAUGAGCUUUUUGACUUCAGGAAGACAGAGGUGCCUCCCCUUCUGCUCAUCCUGGAUCGCAGUGACGAUGCCAUUACUCCUCUGCUCAACCAGUGGACGUACCAGGCUAUGGUGCAUGAGCUCUUAGGCCUCAACAACAACCGCAUUGACCUGUCCCGGGUUCCAGGCAUCAACAAGGACCUGCGGGAGGUGGUGUUGUCUGCUGAAAACGACGAGUUUUAUGCCAACAACCUGUACCUGAACUUCGGCGAGAUUGGGACAAAUAUCAAGAACUUAAUGGAGGAUUUUCAGAAGAAGAAGCCAAAGGGGCAGCAGAAACUGGAGUCCAUUUCAGACAUGAAGGCCUUUGUGGACAACUACCCACAGUUUAAGAAGAUGUCGGGCACGGUGUCAAAGCACGUGACAGUGGUGGGCGAGCUGUCGCGGCUGGUGAGCGAGAGGCAGCUUAUGGAGGUGUCAGAGGUGGAGCAGGAACUGGCCUGUCAGAAUGACCACUCCAGCGCGCAGCAGAAUGUCCGGAGGCUCCUGCAGAACCCCAAGGUGUGUGAGCUGGAUGCAGUGCGCUUGGUGAUGCUCUACGCACUUCGCUAUGAGAGGCACAGCAGUAGCAACCUGCCUGGCCUCAUGGAGGACCUCAACCGGAAGGGCGUCUCUGAGCGCUACCGCAAGAUGGUGCAAUCUCUGGUAGAGUAUGGCGGGAAGCGUGUCAGAGGAAGUGACCUCAUCACGCCCACAGACGCGGUGGCCAUCACCAAACAGUUCUUCAAAGGUCUCAAGGGUGUGGAGAACGUCUACACUCAGCACCAGCCCUUGCUGCAUGAGACCCUGGACCAGCUCAUCAAAGGCCGCCUGAAGGACAGCCAGUUCCCCUACCUGGGACCCAGCACCCUCAGAGACAGACCCCAGGACAUCAUCGUGUUCGUCAUCGGGGGGGCCACGUAUGAGGAGGCGCUGACUGUUUACAACUUCAACCGCACCAUGCCGGGGGUCCGCGUCGUACUUGGAGGGACCAACAUCCACAACACGAAGAGUUUCCUGGAGGAAGUAACUUUAGCCACAGGUUCGAGCCAGAGCGGCGAGAGAGUGCAGGGGACCAGCCGCCUCCCCAGCCGGCGCUGAUGGUGACAUCACUGGCUCUGGACCACAUGGUAUCAUCAGCGUUCCAGUGCUGUGUACAGCGUCACCACUUGGCCCUUUGCCGCUAUCCGACUGCUCAACAAAUCUGAUAUUUCUUAAAAUGGUUUCCUCCAUCUGACCGAACAUUAAAUUACGCUUUUUUUUGUUCGGGGAAGUACUACUCGACCACACGUAUGAGAGGGGCAUGAUAUAAUUUGGAAGAAAGUGCUCCAUCGUGGUGUAUUUGACAGCGGUUUUCUGGAAGAUGGAUCAGAAGACAGAUGCAUGCUCACCCGGACACCUUCUACAAUGUUCCCCGAUGCUGGCUGGUGUCAGUCCUUUCUCUGUCUCUCCACACCAUGCAGAGAAGGACCCAGCACAAAUCAAGGCAGUCCAUAGACACUGGUCUGACGGCUGUGAGUAUUCAUGGUGCACGGCCUGUGGAAACUACAGAAAAUGGCGGAGAGGGUUUUUAAAUGCCGGGCGGAGGACAGUCACAGGUUCACCUGCAAUACUCCCUUGGACUCUCACUAUAACAGCAUAGAAGUUGGCAGCCCGUGUCGGGGAAGUUGCUCACAAAAGUAAUCCGUUACAGACAGGUGGAAAGUUCAGAUCCAGAAAGCGCAAAUCCAGACCAAGGUUUUAUUCCAACCAAAGAGGUUGAGUUCUCUGUCACUACGACUUUAAUCAACUGGUUGGUUGAAACAAAGCCAUGGUUCGGAUUUGUACUUUCCGGACCUGAACUUUCCACCGCUGUCUGUACUGCAUUACUUUUGUAAAUAACUUCCCCAACACUGUCAGCAGCAUAUCUGGUAUUACGAGGGGUGUGUGGAGCGUGACCCUGUGGUCCCACAGUCAACAAUGCUAUUCAUCUUCCAUCGCUGUCCCUGGCUACGUGCAUUCAGAAACCACAAGCCAUUUUAUAUAUACACUACUAGAUUUAAAUUUCAAACCAGCCCAGUACACAUAAUUCACAGCUGGUGGCCACUGUAUCGCUGUAUGGAACAUGCAGAGCCCUGUAAGUGCUCCCUUAAACCCCAGAUAGCUUAUAGCGGUGAACUUUGGUAAGUUUUAUAUGGGAACAUAUGACAGCACUCCUGGAAAAGAACCUGCGUUUUAGGUUUGCCCAAAACUUGAACACACGUCCCCAUAAGUACACAACGUUUUGCACAUCCAAAGCCACGUUUGAUCGUGUAAGAUGUUUGUCAUUGGAGUGUACAGUGUGUCUCCGUCACAAAAUAAUCUGCUGUAAUUUAAUGUUUUUAUUCAACUAAUAAAUGUAGUAUCUCUUGUGCUAUUGCAAAUCA